AUGGCUCUUAUGCUUGAUAACUGUGAGGGCAUAUUACUCUCAUUAGACUCCCACAAAUCAGUCCCAGCUCCAUUCCUUACCAAAACCUACCAACUGGUAGAUGAUCCAGCCACUGACCACAUAGUUUCUUGGGGUGAAGAUGACACUACUUUCGUUGUUUGGAGGCCACCUGAGUUUGCUCGCGAUCUCCUUCCUAACUAUUUCAAGCAUAACAACUUCUCUAGCUUUGUCAGGCAACUCAAUACCUAUGGUUUUAGGAAGAUUGUACCUGACAGAUGGGAGUUUGCUAAUGAGUUUUUCAAGAAGGGAGAAAAGCAUUUGCUUUGUGAAAUCCAUAGAAGGAAAACAGCUCAGCCACAAGUAGCUAUUAAUCAGCACCACCAUCAUCAGCACCACCCACAUUCUCCUUUCGGUGUUACUGGACCCAGUUUCUUUCCUUUUCCAAGCAGAACCAGCAUCUCUCCAUCUGAUUCAGAUGAGCAAGCCAACAACAACUGGUGUGAUUCACCUCCUCUCUCUUCACCACCAAGAGGAGGAGUUGCUAGUGCCACAGUUAUUGGUGGUGGAGGUGGAUAUAAUAGCUCAGUCUCUGCCUUAUCAGAAGACAACGAAAGACUAAGGAGAAGCAACAAUAUGCUAAUGUCUGAACUUGCGCACAUGAAAAAGCUUUACAAUGAUAUUAUUUACUUUGUCCAAAAUCAUGUGAAGCCUGUUGCUCCCAGCAAUUCCUACUCUUCUUCUUUGCUUCUUUGCGGUCCAUCACCAUAUGCCACUACUAACCCUGUUACCUCUAAUGGUUCUCUAGUACAAAAGCCUUUAAACCAGAUUCUUGGGUAUUAUCCUACAACUGCUCCAACUAACCCUAAGCAAGUUCCUCAAGUUCAUGUUCUGAACUCUCCUACAAAUACUUCACAGAGCUCUUUGACCAUUCUUGAAGAAGCCAAUAACAAUGGUUGCAAGACAAAGUUGUUUGGUGUGCCUUUACAAUCCAAGAAAAGAUUGCACCCAGAGUAUGGUUCUAAUCCAGGAAAUAUGGAGACAAGCAAGGCUCGUUUUGUGUUGGACAAAGACGAUUUAGGAUUGAAUCUCAUGCCUCCUUCAAGAUGUUAG